GGCCAGCUGCGAUUGCGUCUAUCAUGACGCCACUGAGGAGGAGCGAUGUUCUAGCGGGACCCGCAGCUCCGGUGGGCAAUCCGCCGUCCCUCCAGUGGCCGAUUCCGUUUGGUACUAUAAAUUCCCUUGGAUUUAUUUCAGGUUUUUUUUAAUUUCAUUGAAGUUGCGUCCAGCGAGGCCACUGAACGACCAGUCUCCUUUAAGUUCAUGUAUGCAAAGACCAUGGAAGCGCCCCUCUUGGAGAAGAAGAAGAAGAGUGGGAGCAGAGCUCAGUGGCUGUGGUUGUUCAUCGCGGCGAUAACGGUAGUUGCAAUUUUAGGCCUUGGAGGAAACACAAUUUAUUGGGCACUUAGAGGCGACAGCAAGUAUCAUGAGAGAACAGAACUCAAAGAUGCUGAAAUUGUUGAGUCAGAGAGAGGCGUUGUAGCUGCCGAUGAUGGGCGUUGUUCUGAAAUUGGUGCAUCAAUGCUUCGAGCAGGUGGCCAUGCCAUUGAUGCUGCAGUGGCAACUGCAUUGUGUGUGGGUGUCGUCAAUCCCGUUUCCAGUGGGAUAGGAGGUGGAUCUUUCAUGAUUGUUUGGUCUGCAUCAACGUCACAAGCCCAAGCUUUCGACAUGAGGGAAACUGCUCCCUUAUCUGCCUCAGAGAACAUGUAUGAGAAUAAUCCCGAAGCAAAGUUUUUUGGUCCACUGUCGAUAGGAAUUCCUGGUGAGUUAGCUGGCCUUUAUGAGGCAUGGUUGAAACAUGGGCGGUUGGCUUGGAGGACCUUAUUUCAACCAGCCAUAAAACUUGCCAAAGGGGGGUUUGUGGUUGCUCCAUAUCUUCGACUGCGCAUGAGUGGGAACAAGGAAAAGAUCAUGUCUGACCCUGGCUUACGAGCUGUGUAUGCCCCGAAUGGGAAGUUGUUGCAAGCUGGAGAUAUGUGCUACAAUGUGGAACUUGGCCGCACCUUGGAGGCAGUAUCAGAACAAGGACCUCAAGCCUUUUAUAAUGGAACUAUUGGUGAGAAGUUGGUGAGAGAUGUAAGAGAUGCUGGAGGGAUUUUGACAAUGGAGGAUUUGAGGAAUUAUAGGGUGGAAGUAAUGGAUGCAAUGCCUGUGAAUUUGAUGGGACACACUGUGCUAGGAAUGCCGCCCCCUUCAAGUGGAACUCUUGGGCUUUCUCUGGUAAUGAAUAUCUUGGACAGCUACGGAAGUCCCAGUGCUGCAGAAGGAUCUUUGGGUCGUCAUCGCUUAGUUGAGGCAUUGAAACACAUGCUUGCCAUUCGAAUGAACCUGGGAGACCCUCAUUUUGUAAAUAUUUCUGAAUACGUGUCCGACAUGCUUUCCCCAACCUUUGCUAGGCAACUUCAGAAAAAGAUAUUAGAUAACACCACAUUUCCUCCUGAUUACUAUAUGAACAGGUGGAGUCAGCUUAGUGAUCGAGGAACAAGCCAUUUGUGCAUUGUAGAUGCAGAGCGGAAUGCUGUAUCAAUGACAACUACUGUAAACUAUGCUUUUGGAGCUGGGAUUCUCUCGCCGUCUACAGGUGUUUUGCUCAACAAUGAGAUGGGUGACUUCUCCACGCCAACAGAAUUAUCCCCUGAUAAACUUCCUCCCGCUCCUGCAAAUUUCAUCAAACCAAACAAACGACCCUUAUCAGCCAUGACCCCAAUCAUUGUUGUCAAGGAUGGCCAGUUAGCCGGAGUCCUUGGUGGUACUGGUGGUUUGGAGAUAAUUGCAGCAGUGACUCAGGUUUUCCUUAACCAUUUUGUCUUGGGGAUGGAACCUCUAGCUGCUGUUCUGAAUCCAAGGGUCUAUCACAAGCUAAUUCCCAACGUGGUCUUGUAUGAGAACUGGACAGUGAUCGAUGGCGAUCACAUUGAACUUCCCGAGGAAAGUAAACUUUUCUUGAUAGAGAGGGGUCAUCAACUAGAGGCAAGGGCAGGGGGGGCUACCUGCCAGCUUGUUGUUCAGAGUCUUGACAAACAGAAACCAGUCGACAUGGGCAGGAAAAAUGGAAAGGUAUCCCAAUCAUUCCAUGGAAUGCUUACUGCUGUGAGUGACCCUAGGAAAGAUGGGAGGCCUGCAGCUAUAUAAUCUUCGGUUCAUUUACAAAGCAACAGGGGUCUCGUUGGCAGCUUGCUCUACUGUAAUUUGAUCCAUUUCCUGCCUUACGAUUUAUAAAUACACUUGUGUGUUUGGGAGCAUGAAUAUUGAUUUUUAUAUUUAAAUUUAUGUGGAUUUAGACAAAAUAUGGUACAAAAUCAUAUUGACUUUCUUAAGUCCACAUAAAUCCAAAUAUCUAAGACCCAAAAUUCAUCCUCCCAAUCACUACAUUAAUGAAAAUAUAUUCAUCCCUUCCCC